AUGUCGAAAAGUAGUAUUAUUAUUAUUAUUAUUUUGUUUUGUUUGGGUAAAACGUUUGGAAAUUAUCCAGUUUUCGAUUACAGGACGAGAAUGAGAGUUUUGCUGGUACCAGCAGAUCUUCGUGCUGGUUCCGUCAUAUACAGAUUAAGAGGAUCGGAUCCAAAUUUUGAUUAUCCGUUAACUUUUAGCGUUGCAGACGAUGUCGGAAAGUCGAUAAUACGAAUCGAAAACAUGCCUUGCAAUCCGACUCACAGUUAUUGUCAAGCAAAUGUUUUUCUAAUAAAAAAAUUAGAACCCGAUCGCGUGUACGAUUUAAUAUUGAGUUUAAAAGAUACUUCCGGUUUGGAAACGAAAGUCGAUUCGACAAUAAGGGCAACAAGAUCAACGUGGCAUUUCGAAGAUAUAUUCCCGUAUGCUCCGACGAUGUUGGUCGUACCGGAAAGUACCAAAGUUGGAUCGAUAUUGGAUUAUGUACUUGCAAGAAAAAAUCCAACGAGUACUCAUCAUUCUUAUUUGGAACUUUGGGGUUCGGAAAAAUUUCGGAUAGUUCAAAAUUUAUCAACCAAAGAUGUCACCAACGGAUCAAUCAUACUCACUGGAGAAUUAGAUUUCGAAGAGAAAAACAUGUAUAAUUUACAUGUUUUUUGUUUGGAUCCUUUUACGAAAAGUACAGACGAUACGAGAAACGUAGCCGGAUUCCAACUCCCGGUCAUCGUGGAAGACGAUCAAGAUAAACCACCUGAAUUUAAUUCUAUACCACCGGUUACGAAAAUAAGUCACAAUUAUCAGGUAGGACAAAAAAUACUUCAGAUACAAGCUCAAGAUGGCGACAGAGGAAAUCCUCGACCUCUUAAAUACACUUUGGUCAACGACGGUACCGACGUCAGUUCAUUUUUUAACAUAAGCGAAAAAACAGGUGAAGUAUAUUUGGCGAGACCGGUAAAAGAUUUAUUAAACGUACGUCAACCGAUGAUAUUAACAGUCUCAGCCGAAGAAAUAAGAAAAAAUUCAUUUGAUCCUCCGCCAUUAUCAUCGACGACUCAAGUGGCUUUGGUUUUGGAUAAUGAUUUUUCCAACACUCCUCCUUAUUUCGAAAACGAACAGUUUUCUGCAAGACUACCGGAAAAUGCUCCUCAAGGUACGGCAGUUGUUUUCGGAGAACCAUAUUCGACUCUUGUCAGAGAUGAUGACGUAGGAAAAAAUGGCGUCUUUUCUUUAACGUUAGAAAAUAAUAACGGAACUUUUGAAAUUUCACCGAACGUCGGAGAACAAAAAGCUAAUUUUGUGAUUCGAGUUCGUAAUAACGAACUUUUAGACUACGAACAAAGAACUUAUGUUGUAUUUACGGUGGUAGCGAGAGAAGUCACACCUUCAAAAGAUUCAAUCAAACCAUUGGAAUCAAGAGCAAACGUAACAAUUUAUUUAGAUGAUCAAAAUGAUAAUCCGCCAGUUUUUCUACAGGAAAAAUACGAAGCUGAAAUCCCGGAAAAUGUUACUGCUGGUACCGUUAUCACACAGGUACAAGCCAAUGACGUAGACACAGGCGUCUUCGGAAAAGUAUUUUACACUAAUCUUCUGGGUAAUAUAAAUCAAUCUUUGACGAUAGAUUCAAUGUCGGGGAUUAUAACAGUUGCCACCAACAAUCACGGUUUCGACAGAGAAUCAGCCGAAGAAUAUCGUUUAUUGGUCGAAGCUAAAGAUAUGGAAGGUCGUGGAAAUAUGGCGACGGUUCCUCUAAUUAUAAAAUUAUUAGAUGUCAAUGAUGAAACUCCUCAAUUCGAAAAGCAAACUUUUGAAUUUAUUUUACAACCGAAUUUAAGAAAUUUUACGACUCGAGCUUUUGUUAAGGCAACGGAUAGAGAUGCGGAAAAACCCAACAACAUUGUCAGAUAUGAAAUAAUAAGUGGAAAUUAUGAUAAUAAUUUUAUACUUAACGAAAUAACGGGUGAAUUAUUUAUAAGAGGAAAACUAACGAGUAAUAAUUUAAGACAAUCCAAUUCGGAUGACACAUACUAUCCAGGUAGUGGUCCAGAUUCUGAUUCUAACGGUGAUGUACUUUCCGUCAUACCUCUAACGGUUAGAGCCUACGAUUUGGGUGUCCCACAUAGAUGGACACAUGCACAAGUUAGAAUUUAUCCACCUGAGAGUAGAGCGAGAAAUAUGGAUUUUAUCGUAUCCAGUUCGAACAAGGAUAGAAAAGCAAUCGAAGAUUUAUUGAGCCAAUUAACCGGAGGUCGUGUAAGCAUACAAGAUAUUAGACCGUAUACGGGUAGAGAAUCAGGUACGGAUUUGUCAUGGAAAGAUGGGCCGGCAGACGAGAAAAACAUCGUUUCCGCAACAGUUUUUUACGAUGGUAAAUCAUAUGUCGAUUUAAAUCAGGUCGAAAGAAAAUUAGCACGAAAUAAAACGAUGCAAGCCAUAGUGGAAGAAAAAGUAACGGAAUAUAAAAAUGAAAAUCGAGUUUUAUUUUGGUUGAUGAUGUUUUUCCUCAUACUUUUACUUCUCAUACUACUAUUUUUACUUCUUUGUUGCAUUUGGCAAGGUUGUUGCGUUUGUCCUUGUCUGGAUUACGAUGGUAGAACUGUCGUAUCACCAAUGGAAAAUAUUAAAUUUAUUGCACACGAAAGAAAUAAAAGACAAGAUGUUAAAAACUUACAAGGCGUGUCGUAUUAUGGAAGAAAAGAAGCAUGGAGUGGACGAAACGGAGAAAGAACAAUUCAUUACGAACAAAAUCCACAAAAAGAACAAAUAAUACGUCAUGUAAAAAUUGACGGUACGGAAAAUUUUGGAAAUACUGGUGCCACAUUCAGAUCUCAUACCAACGACGAAACCGGAGGCCCUAAUGUCAUAUACACCAAAGAUUUCAUUCGAACGAAUAACGAAAGAAAUCCGACGAUGGUUUUAGAAGAUGUUGAAAUCAAACCUUACAUAACGAAAACAAAGACAUUAAAAACUCUGGAUGACUUGCAAAGAUCGGGGAUUCACCUAAAUAUAAAUUCAGAUAAAGAAUUAGAUACGGAUUCGAUUAGGCGACAUGAAAUCGAACGUGAUUCGGAUUUAAAUAAAAGUUUUAGAAAAACCGAAAGAAUUCAUACGGAAAGAGAUGAUGAGUAUGAGAGAUCUGGACCGAACGUUAUAAGAGAAUACAAAUUGAUCUUAGAAAGACCGGAUGGUAAUAUUAACGACAUUCAAGUUGUCGGACAUGACGGUUCUGGGAGAGAACAUUAUUACAUCAAAGAUGGAAAUGCGGAAAUAUUGAGAUUGAUGUCGGCAGGAAACGAAGAUGAAAAAAAUGAGAUGAUUAUUAAAGAACCCGAAAGGGAAGUGAUAAAAAUCGACAAGGGAAAAGAUUUAAUAAUGAAAAAAUUUAUGGAAGAUCAAAAACAAUCGUCUGGUAGUACGUCGAGAGAAGAAUUCCGACAGGAAUUAUUACGUAGACUUCAAAAAGAAUUAGACGAUAGAAAUAUCGAGACUCCAUAUCAUCCGAGUAAUAUUUUAUUCGAGAAAAAUAUAAAACUUCGUGGUCCCAAAAUGAAAGACAUGGGAUCCAAUUACGAUUACGAUAACAGUUCGACAAGUUAUCAGUAUCAUAAUCAAGAAACUCAAAGUUUACCAGGACAAAUUGAAAUUUCGACACAAACAGAAAGAGACUGCGGAACUCAAACGGAAGAAUUAAUUAACCUUCGACCUCCGAGAAGAAAAGUACGAAGUGAUAAUGAAUUUUCCGACGGCGACGACGACGACGAAAGGCAAAAUUUCGACGAAGAAAAAGCCGUGGAAGCAUUGGAUCUUGGAAAAGGUUGGAUUCGUAGAGAAUCGAAAAGUUAUCGUACGAAAACCGUAAAAAGACAUAAAAUGAGGACUCCGAUAUUAGAAGAAGGAGAAGUUGAUACUUUGAUUAAAUACGACACGAGACCGGCAAUGUUUGAAAUGCCAGAUGCGGUAACAAAUGGCGUCGGUGGCUCUACAGCUGGUUACACCGAAAACAAAAGUAGCAUACUACGAAGAAGACGAAUGAAAGAAAAAAUAUUAGAUGAAAAAGGAACCGGAAACGAAGAUUAUUAUUCAUCCGAUGAUGAUGCUAAUCAUAAAACAACGAAUAAAACGAAUAGAAGAAGCAGAAGAGAUCUUUCGGAUGUGAAAAAAGAUGCGGAUAAAAUACCGAAAAAUUUGAGAACCGAGAGUUUAAAUAGAUUGUUCGAAGCCAUGCAAGAAAUGGGUGAAAGUGAAUUUCAAAAAAUUAAAAUGGAAACGAAAGAAAGAGCUGCGUCUCUCAAUAGAUUUUACAACGCGUUGGAAAAUUUCGAGGCAGGAACCGUUGAAAAAGAUGUUAAAAAAGCAACUUCCCUAAACAGUUUAAAAACUGACGAGAAAAAUACUAAUGAUGAUGGAAGUGCUAAAGAGGAUGAAAAUGUUGGUCGUACCGUCAUUGUUGAAGUACAACAAGAAAAACCUGAAAAUGAAAAACCAAAGGAAAUCCCCGAAGAAGAAAAACCAAAAGAAGAGGAUGAAAACGUUGAAAUUCAAACGGAAUCUCUCACCGUCGUCAACAACAACAACAACAACAGUAACAAAUCCAAUGACGAAAGCAUGCCCGAAUCGGAAAAAUCAGGAAAAACAAAAAAAUCAAAAUACAUGGAUUGGUACAACGAUUUAAAUCAUAAAAAAGUUAAAACGUCCAGAAGUAAAAGAGAUAAAAAGAAAGAAGACGAUCAAGAUUCCGGCAUAACGAUAUCUUCUUUACACAAACAUCCGGAUCAUGGGAAAAAAAGGACGAAAGGUGACGUCAUCGAUGGUAAAAGUAAAAGCGAACAACUUUUGGAAAAGAAAAGCGUUUUUACCAUUGCAUAUGACGGAGUGCAAACAAAAUCCAUAAGACCGGAAACGAAUUCAUCGGAAAAUCAAUAA